AUUGAUUUUAAAAAUAUUUCCCUUUGGUUUUUUGAAAGAUUAGAGAGAGUUUAGUUAGAGAAAUCUCUAAAUGUUUAGCUAUGGCACGUUUAAUUAGUGGAAAUACUGGUUCCAAAUCUCUUCAACCUUCUCAUAAUGUGUUCCGAUUUAAAUGGAUUAUUCAAAACUAUUCCUUUUGCUUCAGGAACACUAACUCAGCUUUGAUCAGUCCCAGUUUUAAAGUUUCUGGGAUAAAUGGUAUGAAAUGGAACCUUAAUUUGUAUCCAAAGCAGGAAGAUGAAAGUGCAAAAUUUGUGGGACUUUAUUUACAAGAAGACAGGAAGGACGAAACAAUAAAAGAUAGGACGGAGUUUUCGGAAUGGAAAAGAGAGUUUAAAUUUGACGUGAAACUAGAUCUUAUUGCUACAAGUGGUAUCUUAAUAAAAACACGUAUAUAUCAUGAUCUAGAAUUUAAAAACCAAUGGGAUUUUUUUGUAUGGGGAUCUUCUCAUUUUGCCAAAAUAGAAGACAUAGAAAAAGAUGCAAAGUCUAGUUCUGAAGAUGUUUUAACCAUUUGUUGUUACGUAAGUAGUAAAAAUUUUGUUACCCCAAUUUUGACCGGAUAUCUAUGCCGCACUACGAUAUGCGUUGACCGAUUAACUUCCAGAUUCAAUUUGCAAUUCACUCUCGGCAGGUUGAAUAUCACGAGGCAAAAGUUAAACUUUCCAAAAAUUGCAAAUUUUGAAAUGGUUAUUUAUGAAACUAAUGUACUGAUGAGUGAUGAAACUGAUCUACGAAUCGAUAUUUAUUACGAUAAAUCGAAGGUGGAAGAUUGCAAAGGAUAUAUCGUUGAUUGCAAGCUUACUAUGCAAGAUGGAACUUCUGUCAUAUGUUUUGAAAGAGCUAAGCAUUGCUUCGAUCAUUUCCCGAGUACAUGGUCAUUUCCAUCCGGAGUAUUUUCUUGCGAAUUGCAAAACUUCAGAGAUAAUUACGUUGAAGAUAAAAAGUUCGUUUUGUUCUGUGACGUCAUGUGUUCCACUAACAAACAGACGCACUUUACUACAACUGAAUCAAUUUCAAAUGAUAUUAAUAAUUCUAUAGCAAAUGAUGCAAAUAAUCACCCUACCUUAAAAGGAGAGAUACUGAAGUCGGAAUGCAAAGUUGAAAACAAAAACUGCUAUGAUACAAAAUUAGUGGUUAAUAACCAAGUUGAUGAAGAUCAUAAAGCUCUAUCGUUUACUGAAUCACCAGUUUCUGAAGUAAAGUUUAAACAAAGAAUCCAGGAAGUUAUUGCGGGAAUAGGCAAUUGGAACUCAUUUUUGGAAAAUCUAUGUACUAAUGAAAUGAAAUCUAAUGAAAAAAAAAUUGAAUGCGAGCAAGUUAUAGCUCUUUUUACAGCAGCUGACAAGUGCUGUGAACUAUCAUUAUCUCUUAAGCAAAAGUGUCUUGCUUCUUUAAAGUCUGAAAUAUGUGAGGAAAAUGUCUGCGAGCUACUAAGUCUAGUUCAAGAAGAUAUUGAACUAAAAUCAACCGCAAUGAAUUUUAUACUUGCUAAUUCGGAUAAAAUUUUAUCUUCGCCGCAAUGGCUAUUGUGGUUAAAAAACAAUAUGGAAUUAGCUUCCGAUGUUGUGUCAAAAAUAUCUGCAAACUUGCGUGCUUCGCAAAUCGCAGGACAGGCAUUCUCCUCUAAAAGUGAUGGCCAUGAAAAGAAAAGGAGAUUAGCCUAAUAAAUUGUUCAAUUUAUACAAAUUUUGAUUGAUGAAUUUGUUGGACUACACUAAGGAAUUGCUUGAGGCAAUAAAGCUACUGCUUUUUUUAAACGAAACCUUUUUAAUGAGGCUGAAUGCAAUGUUUUCGGAGCAACGGAUAAAUUUCAUUGCUGGCCACGAUUUUUAAUCUAGUGGACUUAUGAACUCACUCAUCACCUUUGCAUUUUUAUAAGUAAAAAAAAAAUCUUGAUUCUUGUCUUUUUUAUUUUAUUUUAGGUAACAAAUUCUAAAAGAAAUAAAAGCUUGUAUUAUAAUCUGGACCAAUUACAUCCAAGAGAAAAAUAUUCAAAAUAAGAGAAAAAAAAGUGGGGAGUUAAAAGCAGCA